CAGAUUCAGAUAAAGCUUUGCUCUAACGGGUGACAGUCGUUAUUCGCGAACGCUCGCGGCAGUCUGUAUAAUCGACACUAUAUUUUUUUUCCUUUUUGGCACAAAAGCGCGCAGUUUCACCUUCGCAAUACAUUGAAACGUGUGCAACACAGAAUGCCGCUACAAAGCCCCACGGUGGUUUUCACGUUCGGACUGCGAUCUUUCGUGCCCGCCCAGAUGUUACAACCCGAGGUGGGCGACCUGAUCGAGAUCGAUAGGACCCUCUACGCACACUGGGCUCUGUACGUCGGUGACGGCAAUGUUGUCCACGUCGUGGGUCGCAACGAAGAGGACAUCCCCACCGAGGUGGCCUACGUGCACAUGAGUAAACUGACCGACGUUGCUGGAUACAGCGCGGUGCGUGUCAACAACAAGGAGGUCCGUGCAAAAGAGCGUGGUCUGACUGCUUUGCCCGUAGCGGCCGUGCUCGAAAGGGCCUGCUCCAUUUUGAACAGGGAAGUGGACUUUAACUUCCUCACCAGGAACAGUGAAUACUACGUCACGGAGUGGAAGUACGGUACCGGAUGGAGCGAUCAGGCGACCGUCACCUUGAGUGUCAUGAAACCUCUGGCACGAAACCUCGAGGUGGGCCACACCACUUUCCUCACCAGUCUCCAGGCCGUUUUCGGCACCCCGACGUCGUCUUCCCUCACCAGGAUUGCGCCCAAGUCUCCCAGAGCGCCCCAGAAGAACGCGCCCAGCCUCGCCUGAAAAAGCGCCGAGCGGUGUGUGAUUCUACUAUGUACAUAACGUGGACUCCUCUUUUUGCCAAACAGAACUGGGACUCGCAAUGAAUGUUAGGUCACUUUUUCAAAUAGACGCUCGUCUACAAGUUCUCAUGUGCCAUCGACAUGGGCCGUGUGGCACGCUUCCGUUCUCAGUGUGUCGUGCGGAGGUUGGCAUCAGGUGGGGCAGAGCGGUACGUUUUACUCCUUUCAGGGAGUAAUGCGCCUGUUCUUUCUUUGCGGUAUGGAAGUAGAGGACAGUUGUUACGUUACGUUGUCAUCGGAGCCUCUCAAGAGGGGAUGAUAACAUCGGACAAAAGUACCUCGGUGUUUCUUUCUUAUCUUUCGUUUUUCUUUUUUCUUGUAUAUAAGGACAGCUUUGGAGGCGUUUCUUCUGCUAAUAACUCAACGGAAAUCUGGAUAAGUUUUGUUUAUGCGAAAGCUAUUAAUUCGAAAAGAUUGUUGGAGGCGCAGUUUUAAACAUUCACUGGCGUUUUUUUUUAUUUUUUACGACAACAUUUGUGACGUGAAUGCUAUACUAAACGAAACGUAUUCGACCGAUUAAACGCUAACGCUGUGUGCGUAUCAACUCGAGUUUUCCGGUUAACGUUACCCUCACAAUUAACUGAUUGCAAUCACGGACUGCAAGCGUCACAGAUGAAAAUCGGGACACAGUUUCCUUAACCUGUUCCUUCACUUUCUUUUUCUUUGGAACGUUCUGCGAUGAUGCUUGUUUUCUUUUCGAAGGCAUCUAGUAGCGCCACCUACGUUUUAACGAAAAUAUUUCCUAAAAAAUCAGCCCCUCUUGAGGGGGAUACCGCGCGCAGAAGCGGUGAAAUGCCAACUUUCGCCCGACCAGCAUUACCAGCACCACCGAUUUUUACAAAUGACCUGUGGCAGCUACGUUUUUACACCAGCGGCCCUACAUUGUAAACGGGGAUAUUUGUAAACGGGAAAGAUAUGGGUACAAAACCGGAAUGAUUUGCUCUGCCAUAAGAAAAAGGAAAAAAAAAAAGCGUCUUCCUAGUCAUUUUUUUUAAUACACGAGGCUGUGUUUUUGAAAAGUACGGAAAGGUUGGCCCUAUAGCAGAUAUUUUGGUACAUCACAAGACAGCGGUCGCUUUCGCUUCUCAGGAGGACUCCGCAUAAAAUAGAUGGAAGCUAAUUGCAGAGAUUUGUCACACUUGCUCAAUGUUCCGGGACAUUAUCCGUGUAUUCACACCGGAACGACAUUCCUCAAAAUACUCCAGCGGAAGAUACGAAAAACGUCACGGCUUUCUGUUGCCACGUAUAAGCGCCCCAUGGCGACUCCUGCGACUAAUCCACAAGAUAUUCGGUAGCAGACGACAGAAAAAGACGCAGGCGGUGUCGUCUGCUAUCCAUAUUCCGGCAUCGUGCGCAUGCUCAACAUAACACGCGGCGGAACAAUGCAGUUCUUUCAGUAUUUCUUCCGCUAGAAUAUUCCGUGGGGACGUCGCUCUUGUGAAUACAGGGUGUAUAGUACUUGAUGUAAGCACCACCUACCUCUGGUUGCUGGAAAAGACAGAGAAAAGGAAGUUUUCUUGUUACUGUUGUCAUUUUGAGAGUCAUGUAGACAUACUGUACAUAGAUUCUGUCAUUUCUAACUGUAAAUACGCUUCAUAAGUUUCGUUGUCUCUGUCUCGGAAGAUUAUUUACGUGACAAGAAGUGAUGUUACUUUUUUUUUUCCCCUUAGCGAAUGUCUUGUAGAGGCAUCCGAGUGAAAGCCCACAACGCGUAUCACCAAAAUAAUGCGUGUCGCGGCAUGUACGAAGCUAGAAAUGACACCACUUUGUUGUUUUUUAUACAAUGCUUGUUGCCUGGUACUCAACUGCCUCAACAGAGCCUUUGAGUACCCAGUGAUUCAACGCUGAUGACGUCAAAACACAGGUAGCAAACCACCUAUCGAACACGAAUCCAAGUAGGGUCUUUUUUUUUAAGGAAUGUAUAGACUUUAUGAACAUGCGGUACUCCCGCGAUGUUGACGUAUCCUAGAAUCAACUUUUUCCUUUGCUCUCCCUUACCUUUCAAAAGGAGCCUUAAAUGGCUCACUUUGAGAGACCUCCAAUUUAAUGAAAUGCACUGCCUUGGCGCAACACGAGAAAACAAAAUUAAAAGUCAACAUUGAACGUUUUGUUCGUGUACUGAUGAUGAUGAUGAUGAUGCCCGCAUUGACAUCGAAACAUCCAACAAGACGAAAAAAGAAAAAAAAGCUUUGUGAAUGGAUUGCAGAUAAUGAAAAGGGAGCAAAAAGGAAAGGUAGCUUCUAGAAUACCACCAAGAAAGCGACAAAGCUAAACGCACACCAGAAAUUAUCGCAGCGAAAGAUGAUGCUACGUGUAAAGAAGCUGGAAUGUAUUUCUUGUUGUGCCAGACUCCACGAGUGCCUGUUAUGACGUUCGUCUCCAUGGGUUGUGGUGCGAUUCCUAAGAGAAGCGUGAUGAAUACGAAGUGAUACUUUUUGUGAUGACCGGACCACAGGUUUGAUCUACUAUAUUGUCUCACUGACAGACUGUUCCUUUUUUGUGCGUUGAACUUACGAUGGGUCGAAGAGUUGACAUUUUGUACAAACACGACAGACUCGUUGAAUUAGAAGUAAUCAAAAUGGAUGAAGCGAGUAUAAUAUAUUUUUUCUUCCCUGUAUAUAGGUAGGGUAUAUAUACAUAGUUUGAACACUUCAUUCGUUGUGUAAAUACUGCCAUUGUUUCAUAAAAUAAAAAAAAUAUCUUUGAACGAAA